AUGACUGUGAUGACAGAGAGCUGCUGGAGGCAGCUGAGCCCAGAGAUGACUGCUCAUUGCUGGCCUGGCUGGAGCCUGCUAUAUGACCUACUGCUCCAUGCACGAGGGGCGUCCCACCCAGCACUCAGUAGCUGGCAGAGGCUUCGUGCGGGGCAUUUGGCAGAGAGCACCGAUCAAGAGGAGACGGUAAACGAUGUCAAGAAGUCAAGCGAAGCACUCAGUAGCUGGCAGAGGCUUCGUGCGGGGCAUUUGGCAGAGAGCACCGAUCAAGAGGAGACGAUCACAGCAGCUCCAAUCAUUCUUUUACUUUGGAUCUUUCCUUUAACACAUUUGGUCAUUUUUAAAUUAUACCUAACCUGCAAUUCCUGCUGUCCAGACAAGAGAACGGACCCCUGGCUGUUGGUCUACUCCCCAGUCCCGGUGACGCUCAUCUUCCUGCUUUAUCUGUUUGUAAUCUGGGCCGGCCCUCGUCUGAUGAAGCACAGGGAACCCUUUGAGCUCAAAGUGGUCCUCAUUGUUUACAACUUCGCCAUGGUUGGCCUGUCUGUGUAUAUGUGCCAUGAGUUCCUUGUUACAUCCUGGCUCCUUAACUACAGCUUGCUGUGUCAGCCUGUAGAUUACAGCACCAGUCCGCUGGCAAUGAGGAUGGCCAGAGUGUGCUGGUGGUUUUUCUUCUCUAAGGUCAUAGAGCUCAGUGACACGCUCCUGAUCAUCCUGCGGAAGAAGAACAAUCAGCUGACGUUCCUUCAUGUUUACCAUCACAGUACGAUGAUCUUCAACUGGUGGUCGGGAGUAAAGUAUGUGGCAGGUGGACAGUCGUUCUUCGUCGGCCUGAUCAACACCUUUGUCCACGUUAUAAUGUACUCUUACUAUGGCCUGGCUGCACUCGGCCCUCACAUGCAGAAAUACCUGUGGUGGAAACGGUACCUGACAUCUCUGCAGCUGGUGCAAUUUGUCCUGAUCGUUGUGCACACAGCGUACAACCUGUUCGCAGAUUGCAACUACCCUGAUGCCAUGAAUGCUGUGGUGGUUGGUUACUGCAUCACCCUCAUCAUCCUCUUCAGUAACUUUUAUUAUCAGAGCUACCUCAGGAAGACGAAGAAGCAGAAAUGAGACGCCGUGAUGAGGCAACACACAGCUGAAACACAACGGUUUAAAAAAAAUACAGACACACACAUAUAUAUAUGUAUAUAUAUAUAUAUAUAUGGGCAUUAUACAUGAUGUACAUUAAAGGUUUAUUUUUUGAAAAAAUAAAUCUGCAGUACUCCGCAGCGACCACUGGAGGGCGCAACAUGUCCACAGUGUGAAAGUUUUUCUCAGGGUGCUCAACACACAACUAGCUCUGGGGACUGACAUUGCACAAUAUUUCGGGCUAUAAAUGCAUUGGUGUGUUGCAUUUGUUACGUAGUUGUCUUUAUAAAAACAAACAAUAUAAUAA